AAUCCCUAUUACCAUAAUUCAAAUAAUUGUUUUUGGACCCGACCCGGUGGUUGACCCGUUCUGGCCACCGGGUCUGGUUUAAUCGGUUGAACCAAUUCACCGACCGGUCCAACCGGUUGACUAAAAAUAGUAAAAAACUUAAAAGGUUGAGCGGAGAGAACAAUGACUGGCGAAGGAGAGGCAGAUCUGUUCUGUCGGUGGAAGAAGAAGGUGAGCCGCGAAGGGCUGAGAUCGGGGCGUUGCCGACGGCUGGGAUCGAGGAGGCAGUUGGCCGACGGUGACUUUGCCUGCUCUGUUUCGUUUAUCCUGCGUCUGGGUUUUGCUUCUGCACAAACGAAGGGUUUGCUUUCUAGUUUUGUUUCUGCACAGGGCUGGAAGCCGCCGACGAAGGUGGCUGAGAUUGGGCAGGUAAAGGCCGACGGUGGUGACUGGCUGGUGAUUGUUUGUCUCUUCCCCUGCUCUGUUUUCUUUUUGAUUUUUGGUGGGUUUUCUUUUGCACUGUAAUGAGAAUGAGAUAGAAAACUCGAUUGUUUGAGACUUUAGUUUUGUUUUUUUAAUUGAAUUUAUCUUUUAAUUUCUAAUUUAAAUGUGUAAUUUUUAUUGUAAUAACAUAAAAAAAUAAAAUAGGAUAGGAAAA